AAAAAUGUGAAUUUUUCAUGAAACAAUUAUGGAUUUACAUAAUUGUCCAAUAACAUUUGCGCAUGUGGGCGACUGAUUUGCCGAAUCUAUGUCCAUCAGUAAAUCCAGAAAAUUACAAUUAGGGUUCCUCUUUCGCAGCUGCUCUCGAACCGAACUUUCAGCAGCCAUGGUUCUCAAGACUGAACUUUGCCGCUUUAGUGGUGCCAAGAUUUAUCCUGGGAAAGGAAUCAGAUUUGUGCGUGCAGAUUCUCAGGUUUUCUUGUUUGCGCAAUCAAAAUGCAAGAGGUACUUUCAUAACCGUUUGAAGCCUGCCAAGCUCACGUGGACUGCUGUGUACAGAAAACAGCACAAGAAGGAUCAUGCUCAAGAGGCUGUGAAGAGGAAGAGACGCACCACAAAGAAGCCUUAUUCUAGAUCUAUUGUGGGUGCAACCAUGGAGGUAAUCCAAAAGAAAAGAGCCGAAAAGCCAGAAGUCCGUGAUGCAGCAAGGGAGGCUGCUCUCCGGUGCGUAUAUCCUAGUUCUCCCACUUCAUUUGGAUGUAGCGGUUGGGAGUGAAAUCUUUGAUUGGCUUAGUUUAUAUCUUCAAUUAAGCCCUCAGAAGACAUCUCUUCCGUCCAAACAGAUCUUAUGUGACAAUCCUAUGAUUUAAAGCCAGGGCUGCAAAAUUUAUCAGUCCUGGUGUUAUUUUGGUGUUGUGCUUGUGUACUUAACAGAUGUCUUGUUUAUUCAGUGAAAUUAAGGAAAGGAUAAAAAAGACAAAAGAUGAAAAGAAGGCGAAGAAGGCAGAGGUGAUGGCCAAGUCACAGAAGGCAGGGAAGGGCCCCAGAGUUGCUGCACAGGCCAAGGGUCCUAAAAUUGGAGGAGGAGGUGGAAAACGCUGAGCUAUGUGUUCUUUUUAAUUUGCUUACUGAAAUACGGAGAAUUACCAAGGGUUAUUUUAUGUUCAUUUUAUCACUUCAAAAUUUUGAUCUUGGUCAUAAACUCGUCACAGGUUGUUAGUCCUUUUGGUUGCCACAUUAAGCUAUUUGUCUUUCUUCCGCUCUGCAUUGAACAUGAUAUUCUUUAUUCAACGGAAAAAAGAGAUAUAAUCUGUAUAGUGGCCAUUUAUCAAAGAUGCCUUAACCCUGUUAUUUCUAUUUACGUCCAAACAUAGUUCAGUUC